AUGGCCAACGGCACGGGGAAGGAGGCUCCGCGCAGGGAACAGGAGGGCGGCAGAAAGCGUAACGCUCCCGUGUUGCCCUGCCUGCUGCUCUGUCCCUUGCAGGGUCUCACCAUGGCUGAGGAUCUGAGAGCAGCGGUGGCCAGCCAGGCGAAGAGACUGAACAGCAGCAGCGAGGCGGUUGAGAGGCUGGAAGAAAACGGACACCAAAAUAAAAGGUUGAAGAAAGACGCGGAUGAGGAGGACGCGGAGGAUCAGAAUAAAAAGUCACCCAAAAGGAAGAUUGUGUUGUUGAUGGCGUAUUCAGGGAAAGGCUACCAUGGGAUGCAAAGAAACGUGGGAUCUUCGCAGUUCAAGACAAUUGAAGAUGACUUAGUAUCUGCCCUUGUUCAGUCAGGCUGCAUCCCAGAAAACCAUGGGGAAGAUAUGAAGAAGAUGUCUUUCCAGCGGUGUGCUCGAACAGAUAAGGGUGUGUCUGCAGCUGGACAGAUUGUGUCGCUAAAGGUCAGGCUAAUAGAUGACAUCUUAGAAAAGAUCAAUAACCAUCUUCCUUCUCACAUCAGAAUUCUGGGUCUGAAGAGAGUCACUGGGGGAUUCAACUCCAAGAACAAAUGUGAUGCCAGAACCUACUCUUACAUGCUGCCAACAUUUGCCUUUGCCCAUAAAGACCACGAUGUGCAAGAAGAGGUUUAUCGAGUGGACAAAGAGACCCUUGAAAAAGUCAAUAAACUGCUUGCCUGCUACAAAGGAACACACAACUUCCACAACUUCACAUCCCAGAAGGGACCCAGGGACCCCAGUGCCAAGCGGUACAUAAUGGAGAUGUACUGUGGAGAGCCAUUCGUCAGGGAAAACAUCGAGUUUGCAGUGAUCCAAGUGAAAGGUCAGAGUUUCAUGAUGCACCAAAUAAGGAAGAUGAUUGGGCUGGUGAUAGCUAUUGUGAAAGGUUAUGCUGCCGAGUCUAUCCUAGAGCUCAGCUGGGGAGAGGAGAAAGUAGAUGUCCCCAAAGCUCCAGGACUUGGGCUGGUCUUGGAAAGAGUACACUUUGAAAAGUACAACAGACGUUUUGGAAAUGAUGGGCUGCAUGAGCCACUGGAGUGGACAGAGGAGGAGGAGAAGAUUGCUGUUUUCAAAGAGCAGUAUAUCUAUCCUACCAUUAUCAACACAGAAAGGGAAGAGAAAUCCAUGGUGAACUGGCUAAACACCCUCUCCAUUCAUGACUUCAGCUCUUCUGUUGGGAUGCAAGCUAACAACAAAAAUUCAAAGAACAGCAGCGAUCUCGAAGGCAGUGAUGGUUGUGAUGAUGAUUCCGACUGAGCCAGUAAGUGACUGGACGUGGGACCCUCACUGCUUGCCAUUCCCUUUGUCUACGAAAAGUGGCCUUUCCAAAUCCAAGAAUCCAGUAAAGCAGGGGUUUGUGUGCUUGCAGAACAACUGUAUGCCCAGGAGAAACUGGGUGGGGAAGACAGUGCAGUAGAAAAAGUUAGAGGCUUUUUAUAGCACUGACUGAUUCACCUGACUGGUAUACUUGAAAAUAGUGUAACGUAAAAUAAGCUUUCUAAAAGAAUCUUGUAAUGCAGGAUAUCUUAAUUGCUAUUUGAAUAAUGUUUUUAUUAUAUGUUUACCUGGAAAAUAGUAUUUUAAAUAUGUAUAAUCUCUACAUAAAGAUGGGGCAAAUAAUUUUAAUAUACUCUUUAUUAUCAUUGUUUUGAAGUUAUGACUCUGUGAACUUUUGAUUUUUUUUUUUUUUAUUACUAUUUUCUUCACUUUUACUUGGUCUCUAAACACUGUUAAGCUUUUAUUUUCCAUGUCAUCUGUGACUUUCCUGUGGAAUAACAUGCAUGGGUUAGGAACUCGCUAUCAUGCUGACUGCUGUGAGUUCUUUUGGGUUUGAAACAAAUCUUCUGUUUUCUGAAGCUUUGCGAGUCUAAAAGAAAUGAUUCCUUGCUCAGUGAGAGGUCUUAGUUUUGGAAUGUGGACUGAGCCAUGUGUUUCAAGAGGAGACCGUUUAUCUGGGAAUUGUCAUCCUCCCAGUAUUGCCUGCAUGCUUGGGCAGACUCGAGAAUAGAGAUCUGCAGCCACGUGUGUAACUGGGCUGCCCGAGGUGUCGUUUCACAGACCUGAUGUAAAUUAA